ACCACGCGGAGGACGUCAACAUUGUUGCACGUAUGCCUCGUUGUCAGAACAUUUUAGAAAAAAAUUGUUUUCAGUAAUAUACAGGAACUACUGUAACAUGCCUUGCCAAAACCAGCCGUUAAAUAACCUUACUACAGGCCAAGAACACAACUUAACGAAGCAUGUUCGGUUCGCCGCGAACAGGAACAGUAGCGGUCCGGAGGUACCGAGCGCUGGAGCGCUUGAUGACGUUAGGAAACUGUGUGUGAACGUGCCAAAUGGGGGUGGGCUCGGACCCGAGGUGUUAAACCUUGGACCUCAACUGAGACUGCUUCCCCUUAACAAUCAGAUACUAGAAUUACAGACCAUCAUCAGAGACAAGUCAACCAGCAGAGGGGAUUUUGUGUUCUGUGCUGACCGCCUGAUCAGACUAGUGGUGGAGGAAGGACUCAACCAGCUGCCCUACUCUGAGUGCACUGUGACCACUCCUACAGGACACUUGUAUGAGGGUGUGAAGUUUGAGAGGGGUAACUGUGGCGUCAGCAUCAUGAGAAGUGGUGAGGCGAUGGAGCAGGGCCUGAGGGACUGCUGUAGAUCCAUCCGCAUUGGAAAGAUCUUGAUCCAGAGUGAUGAGGAGACCCAGAAGGCCAAAGUUUACUAUGCCAAGUUCCCUCCAGACAUCAGUAGAAGGAAGGUCCUCCUAAUGUACCCUAUCCUGAGUUCGGGGAACACUGUGAUUGAGGCGGUGAAGGUGUUGAUAGAACACGGCCUCCAGCCCAAACACAUCAUCCUCCUCUCUCUCUUCUCCACUCCACAUGGAUCCAAGGCCAUCCUCCAGGAGUUCCCAGACAUCACCCUGCUCUCCACAGAGCUACACCCCGUGGCCCCAACACACUUUGGACAGAAGUACUUUGGCACAGAAUGACAGCAGUUUGAUGCCAUAAGACGAGCUCUAGCGUGUAUUUUCACUGAUACAGAUGUGGUGUUUUAACAUUUGAAACAACAAGAUGUCUGUGGUUCUAUUUUAUCUCCACCUCCCCAAGAUGUCCUCCCCAUGGUCAAGCAGGGUUCUGAUAAAUGCUGAAAACACUACCUUCCAUACAGCUCCUUAAGGUUGGCUACACAACUAACCCAAACCCACCUGUCCUCAAGUUGCUCCCAACACACUUCUAAAAGUCACUUGACCCUGUUUUAGACUUCUCCACCAGUCACCAUCAGUCUGAGGUUUGUGUGUGCUGCCUGGUCUUUUUCGGGAGGGGAGGCACUGCUUUGAUUCAAUGGGUUACAGUCUGUUGUCAGUAUUCUAAAUUGGGACUUCUUAUGUAUGAUCAUGGGAUGUCUUUAGGAUCUAGAGAUACUAUACCACAUGAACAUAUAUGAGUUUAGUUUUUUACAGAUAUUCACAAUCAUGUAAAACUCAGGGGAAUUGUAUUCGUUUUACUUUGGUUUAAAAACUUUGCAUGGAAUGAUAAAAGCU